UUUUGAUAUUGGUUUACUAAUUGAGGGCACUAUUGAAUCCAUUUUCGAAAUGGGCAUAGCUAUCAGAACUCGUAUACUAUGUUUAGCUCUCCUUAUAAUUAUGGCUACGUUAGGAAAUUCGGAAUCUAUAGAAGAUGAAAUUCCUAUGACAAAAUUAACACAAAAUGUUGGAGCACCUACUUUGAAAUUUUUUUAUUGUUAUCAAUGUGGCUACAGAAAAAUGUAUGAACAAUAUGCUGAAAUUAUUCAGCAGAAAUAUCCUUUCAUAUCGAUGGAAGGAUCUAACUAUGAACCACCUGGUAUAAGCAUGUUUUUGUCAAGGUUGAUUGGCUUACUUAAAAUGUUCCUUAUUCUAUGCAUACUUGCUGGAGUGAAUAUAUUCGAAUACAUAAAUCAACCCAGGCCUUCAUGGUGGACCUGGUGUACUGAGAAUAAAAUUUAUGCAUGUAUGAUGCUAUUUUUCCUCUCCAACAUCAUUGAGGUUCAACUGGUUCAGUCAGGGGCAUUUGAAAUACUGCUGAAUGAUGUUCCUGUAUGGUCAAAGUUAGAAACAGGUAGAAUACCACAACCAGCAGAGCUUUUCCAGAUUAUUGAUAACCAUAUGAGGUUUGACACUAAGCUCGAAUAUAAUAAUGGCUUUGCCAAGUGAAGAUUUUUCUGACUGAUGAAAUGAGAUUGUUGAAUAAAUGUUAAUAUUUGUACCAUACUGAAAAGACUUAUAUUCUAAUGGCCUGUCCACCUUUGUGAAGUGCAUCAGGAUUAAUUGACUUAUUAGGUAUAACUUGAUUGAUUGAGAAGUUUUGAAUUCAAUAAUAUAAAUAUUCUGAGAAUUUUGUAAUAGAAUUAUGAGUUAUCUAUUUAUACAUAGGUGGUAAUAAAAGGUUUAGGAAAUCAGACUUAAUAUUUUCAAGAAAAGUUCCGAAUACACAGUAUGUGAGUCUCCCAAAUUGAGGUACCACAUUGCUGUAGUAUUGUUCGAGGUACCUAUAUUUGUUAAUUCUGUACAUUGAGAAUAAAUAAAUAGAACUUUGAACAUCA